UGCAGCAAGUGUUUCAUUUCUCUGGCUAGCAGAACUGAGAACUGAGUUGGCCUGCAGGCAGCAUAUAUAGUGAGUAGAUCACAGCGGCAGAGCCAGAAUGAUGGUGGAGGACGUGACCAUGGUCGACAAAGCUGUAAUUGUUCCCGAAACACCCACAGAGCAUCGACGAGUCUUCCUAUCCAACAUAGACCUCACACUAGUUUUAUACGACGAGGCUGUGUCCUUCUUUGAGCCUCCGGCGACAGAAAUCAGCUUCGAGGAAGUUUGUCGCUGUUUCAAAGAUGCACUUCGCCGGAUGCUAGUUGAGUAUGAUUUUUUGGCCGGAAGGCUUGAGCCUGCGUUAGAGGAUGGCAGCAGGCUAGAGAUAAAUUGCAAUGGUGCUGGUGUUGUAUUUGUUGCUGCAACAACCUCUUGCAAACUGUGUCAGCUCGGUGAUCUUAGAACUCCCAAGCCAGAAUUCAAGCAACUGGUUACAUUCUUGCGCCAGGAGGAAGAAAAGGUGUUGGAGUUCACAGAGAAACCGCUCAUACUGCUACAGUUGACUCGGUUUCAAUGUGGUGGCCUUGCGUUCGCUAAUCGGUCCAACCACUGUACUUUAGAUGGAGUAGGAGUUCGUGAGUUCCAGAUCAACUUUGCUUCCCUGACUCGCGGUGAAGACUUCGUCAUCAGGCCAAGUUGCGACCGGACGUUGUUCAAAGCACGGAAUCCACCACAAAUCAGCCAUCCCCACUUGGAGUACUCAAAACCCAUCGGCGCAGAGAUCUCGUUUACUGUUUGCGGCACAGUUGGUUCCACCCUCAAGAAAUCCAUACCAGAUGAUACUCACCUGGUGUAUUUGUCGCCGGAGCGAAUUGCUAGCUUCAAGAAAGCCGCUCUGAAGGACGGCCAGUUGAUGAGUUGCAGCAGUUUCCAAGCUGUGGCUGCCAAGAUAUGGAAAGCAAGGAGCCUCGCGAUGGGGCUGCAAGAUGAGCGGAUAUCCACAGUGUUGUUUCCAGUGGAUGUGCGGAGAAGGAUUGCGCCUCCUGCACCAAAUGGUUUUGUGGGGAAUGCACUUGUUCCUGGCUUCGCUCGGGCGAGAGUGGAAGAGCUUAAAAAGGCAGAGGAUUCAUUCCUUGUAGGGAAGGUUAAAGAAGGGCUGGAGAGAUUGGAUGAUGAGUAUAUUCGGUCUGGGAAUGAUUGGUUGGAGGUUCACAGAGGAAUUCCUUGCUGUGUGGACAGCUUCUCUGUGGUGUCUUGGUGGAGACUGGGGCUGGAGGGUGAGGAGUUGGAGUUCAAGUGGGGUGCGGUCAAAUGCGUUACUCCUAUUAUGGUUAAGCCAGGAUUGGUCAUUUUGUUGCCUGACAGCAAAGAUGACGGAGGCAUCAACAUUUGCCUGGAAUUGCCCUCUGAUCAAAUAAAAGAGUUCCAUAAGUUGAUGAUGGAGAACUGAUAUCUGAAAUUAGGCCUUAGUGUGGUGAUCGGAGGCAUCAACAUUUGCCUGGAAUUGCCCUCUGAUCAAAUAAAAGAGUUCCAUAAGUUGAUGAUGGAGAACUGAUAUCUGAAACUAUGCUUUACUGCUCU